AUGGGUUGCAAUCAGUGCAAACCUUGCAGCAGAGGGUCCGCUAAAAAAGCACCGAUCGUGUUCGGAAAUGGACACACGUUCAGCGAGAAAGAAAAACGACGCUUCUUCAAGCACAACCGGACGACGGCCAACGGCAUCGCGACCAUCGACGCGACGCACUACAACAACAUGGCGUCGGGAAGCGCGUUGGCCGACGGCACGCCCGACGACGACCACGAGCGGAAGGAGAGCACAUCGGUGAAGUCGCUCGGGUCGUUCUCGGCCGGCAGCGAGUCGGUGACGGCGGCGCAGACGUUGCAUUUGUUCUCCGAUGUGAAGAUACUUCCGGAGAUGAGCGGCGAGGAGAAGGCGGUGCUGCUGAACACGUGGAAGAUCAUCAGGGAGAACGUCGCGCGCGUUGGCGUCAUCGCCUUCAUGGGAAUGUUUGAGGAUAAUCCGAACGUCAAAGCUGCGUUCAUUAGCCUACGGAACAUGGAUGAAGUGGAACUGCGCAACAGCAAAGAGUUAAGAGGCCAUGCUCUGCGCGUGAUGGGCAUGGUCGACAAGGUGACGACACGGCUGAACGAGCCAGAGAAGAUAGAACAGCUGCUGCGCACACUCGGCACGAAACAUGUCGGAUACGGAGCCAAGAUCCAGUACAUCGACCUUCUUGGCUCCCAGUUUAUCCUCGCCGUUAAGCCGAUACUAGAAGACCACGGAAGUUGGGACGCAAGCGUCGAGAACAUCUGGAAGAAGCUGUUCUCUAUCAUCGGAUUCCACCUGAAGAAUGGCAUGCAGGACAACCUGCGACAACGCUCGAAGGACAGUCCCGGCGGUCGCCUUCUGCAGGACAAACGCGCAUCGCACGAUUCUCGCUCGUAGCCACUCCGAUUCGAAUGACGUCAUCAAUUUGUGUGCUCAACGAUGU